AUGAAUGUCGUCCGGGUAUGUCAAUCCCACAUUUAAAAGGCUGAAUUUAGGUGUUAUGAAGCAUGGGGUUGCAAGAAAUAUUCAAUUGUAUAGUGAGCACAAAUCUUAUCAAUUUAGUGACUUUAUGGGGUCCAACAUUUGCAGCCAAAUACACAAGAACAUGCGUAGCAGAUGGUAUCUACCAUGCGUAGUUGAAUACCUGAAAAUCAGAUAAGCUCCAAAGUGCUUUAGAAAACUGAUAAACAGAUAAACAAAUAUGGCCUAAAUUGUAUCACAAUUUCACAGUUGGUGUUUCCAAAUAAUGCGACACAUUAAACAAAAAAAAAACAGAGGGUCAUAGUGGAGUUUGUUUUAGUAAAUGACAACUUUAAAUGCUUGGAUUUUUUACCUCUUUACCAUUAGUUUCCCAUUAAGUAGACCAGAAAUUAGUGACAAUCAGGCCUCCUUGUAGGGGUUGUAUUGUAUUGGGACAUAGACAAUGUAGAUUAAAAAUACAAAGUAAGUCUUCAUAUGGCUUUAAAACAUGUCCAUUCAAUUGCCUUUAGGACACCAUCAGAAACCCAACUGUAAAGGAUUUCCUCAAUAGGCAACUUGGAGAUGAUGGCUUGAGUGCUGAUGACGUUAUUAACUUCCUUUACAAUGGCAAUCCAGACUCCCGCUCAGCUAAUCAAGCAAACUUUGACUGGAGAAAUGUAUUCAAUUUCACUGACGAAACCAUACGUCUUUUUAACAACUACAUGGAG